AUGUAUCGACCUCUUUUCUUACGUAUUCUAAGUGAAAUAGUUGUUGCGGAUCCUGCUUUUGAUUCCCAAGUUGAUUGCACCGGAAAACUUGACCACUCUCCCCACAUGAAGAUGUAUGCCGUAAUGAAAUGUUUGUGUAAAGGCAUAGCCGCUGAUAGCACAGAUGAUUAUGUCUGUAUGAGAGCGUCAACCGUCUAUAUGUAUGUCAAGAGGUUUACUAGGAUAAUUGUUCGGCACUUUGGUCCAAGGUAUAUGCGACUUCCUACAAGAGAAGACACAGAAAGAUUAUUGGCAGAAAAUGCAGCUAGAGGGUUUCCUGGAAUGCUUGGAAGUGUUGAUUGUAUGCAUUUUCAGUGGAAGAAUUGUCCAACAGCAUGGGCAGGUACGUUCCGUGGACAUGAGAAAAAACCUACCAUCAUCUUAGAAGUUGUGGCAUCAUAUGAUCGGUGGUUUUGGCAUGGUUUUUUUGGAACGCCAGGGUUAGCGCUAUUAAGAUUGGCACUGAAAUACGACAAUCUUAAUAGCGCUGAACGCCAUUCUUUUUAG